AUGGCUGCCAAUACCGAAUUCUCCAAUCCCCUCAGGAAGUUCAAGCUGGUCUUCCUAGGAGAACAAUCUGUGGGCAAAACUUCCUUGAUUACGAGGUUCAUGUAUGAUACUUUUGACAACACUUACCAAGCAACAAUCGGUAUCGACUUUCUGUCAAAGACAAUGUAUCUGGAAGACAGAACUGUCAGGUUACAACUAUGGGACACUGCUGGACAGGAACGUUUUCGUAGUUUGAUCCCUUCAUACAUUCGAGAUUCAUCUGUUGCUGUUGUUGUAUACGACAUUACAAACCGAAACUCAUUCAUGAACACAUCGAAAUGGGUUGAUGAUGUCAGGGCAGAACGAGGCAACGAUGUCAUUAUCGUGUUGGUGGGAAACAAGACAGAUUUGAGUGACAAGAGACAAGUAUCAACAGAAGAAGGUGAAAAGAAAUCUAAAGAAUUUAAUGUCAUGUAUAUCGAAACAAGUGCCAAAGCUGGAUACAAUGUCAAGACACUCUUCCGAAAGAUUGCUCAAGCACUACCAGGGAUGGAUGCUUCAGCGGAAGGUGGAAACUCUUCUCAAAUGAUUGAUGUCAAAUUGGGAGGCUCAGGUCCAAAAGCAAGCGAUGCUUCCGCUUGUAAUUGUUAA